ACGUGGUGCUGGGACACAGCACGUUCUCCCUGCGCAUGGGGACGCGGCACGGCCCCCUGUGCACGGGGACGCGGCGUGGGGGCGCGGGACCGGCCCCUCUUGUGCCGGGAUGUGGCUCGGGCCUUUCUGGGUGUGCCGUGCCGUGCGGGGACGAUCCCCUCGCGUGGGGACGCGGCACGGGGACACGCUGUGAUCCCGUUCCCCUGGGGUGAUCCGGCUUGGGGAUACGGCUCAGCUCCCUUCCCCUCUGCGCGGGCACCCGGCGUGGGGCGGCCCGGCCCCUUGGCCAGCGCUCCUUGGCUGAGCUCCCGCCGAGGCUGGGCAAACUCAUCGCUGGGGUAACGGUGCGGGGCUGGGGCCCCUCGCCCUGGAAAUCCCCGUGACGAGGUGACCAGCAGGCACGGCUCCAUGGCCAUGCACGGCUCGGCUCUCCGGGACCAGCCGGGCUCACCUGGGGCUGUCCCGGUCCCGUGGUCCCCCGACUCGGGGCGGCUGCCCUCCCUGGGGGUUGCAGCCCGGGCUCUCUCCCCCCAGAUCCCCUCUUGCAGUGCAGGGGGGGGCCCGCACCCCCCGCAGCGCAUCCCUGCCGACACUCUGUGAUGGCCCCGGGACCCGCUGCCUUCCCGCAGCCAGACGGAGAGCAGAAGCCAGCGGGGACGGCCGGGAAGGGGGACUGAUCCCCCCUCCAUGGCAGGGGGCAACCGUCCAGGGCUACCGGAGAGCAGCCCAGCGCCCGGGGCCUGCGCUCGCCCCUCCUUUGCCCCCGCCGCGCUCGCCGCUGCCCAGGAGGCUCCCGGUGAGCCCCAGCCAUGUAGCCCGUGCAGCCCGGGGCUUCGCUGACGGCAGGCGUCACCAUGCAGCGGGACUACGCGGCCGUCCUGUGUGUCCUGGCAGUGCUGGGGCUAGAGGCUGCUGCGCUGGGCGAAUGCGAGCUCACCCGCCUGCUGCAGGACAAGCUGCGGUAUGAGAUGCGCCUGCAGUACAUGAAACACUACUUCCCCAUCGGCUACACGGUCCCGGUGCAGUACGAGGAGGUGCUGAGGCCGUCCAACAUCACUCGCUUGCGCCAAGGGAAGGUGUCGGAGGCGGCACUGCGGUACCUCUGGUUCCACGUCAGCUCGCAGGCCGUGCUGCGGAUCCGCGAGGUGCUGCCACACAAACACCCAUCCUGGAAUUACACACAGGAGCUCUGCCAGCUAUUCGAUGCCCUGGGCUCCGAGUACAGCGAGUAUCGGCAGACCGACGUGGAGGCUGCAGUGGCCGACCUGGUGAAGCUGCUGCACAGUGUGGGCGCCGAGGGCCGGCGCAAGGCCGUGCGCCCCAAGGCGCUGCUGGACAACUGCCUCAAGGUCGAUGGGACUCUGCCUAACACCGCAAAGACCCCUUCCCUCGCUCAAUGCCUUCUUCUUGCCCUGGAGCCUGGGAUGCUGCCUCUGCUCAGAGCCCUUUGGGGGGUCCCCAAGGGAGAUGCAAAGAAGGAAACAAAUGCCAGACACACAUCCCCCCCACCCUGGCCCAGCCACCACCCCGCUGGGACUGCAGAUGGCCACGGGGUUGGCCUCAUCUGAACUGCCAGGUGCCUUCUGCACGGGUGCAGGCUGGGGGGGGGUUGGGCACAGCCCCCCUGGCAGGCAGCAGCCAGCUGUGGGGGGGCCCUGCUGUCCUGCCCUUCCCACAGCAGGGCUCAGGGCAUUGCUCCAGUCCUCUCUCAGUUUGUAUUUCUUCCUCAGCUUUCAUUAAACACCAGUUAAUUCUCCA